AUGAGCCAUUACAGUCGAUCAUCAAUGAGCCGUAUAUCCAUCAGUAGCAGCGUAGCGAGAGUAUCUACUGCAUUACGCAAUGAUGCAAUCUUGUACAUGACAAUUUUAUCGGGCCGCGACUUGAAAAAUGUGCAGAUUCUAGGCGAACAAGACCCAUACUGCAGUGUAUACUUAACUACUGGAGGAAAGGAGCUUGAGAAAGCGGCAUUCAAGACAGAUACACAUGAUAAUGGAGGGACGAAUCCAAUGUGGAAUGCCAAGGGCCACAUUUUGAUCCCCGAUAUCUCCUCGGACAUUGUUCGGUUUCGUAUCAAGAAUAACAAUUGGGGGAAAAAUACCGUGAUUGGAGAAAUUGCAUUAGCGAUGCGAGACUUGUCUCGUGGACGGUCCAUGGAAAAAGAGUUUGCUUUGACCCCUCAGGGAUAUCUCAAAGUGUUAAUGUAUUUGUCAAUGGGUCAUGAGAAUCCAACGUCACAACCGCGUGUCAAGUUUGGUGAAUAUCCACAGCACUUUAUACCUGGAAAGACUAAACUCUAUCUGGGACUUAUCUCUGGUAGCAAAUUGCGUAAUACUCAGUCAUUCGGGACACAAGAUCCCAUGUGUGAAGUGUACAUUGGACCCAACCGCACACCAGGUGCAAAGGAUUUGGUAUACAAGACAAAAACUCAUGAUAAUGGAGGUAAGAAUCCACGUUGGAUUGAAGGUCUUACAGUGAGUGUGCGAUGCAUAGAGCACGACUUUCUUGUCGUUCGUGUCAUGAAUGACAAUACCAUUAAAGACACUUUGAUCGGAGAGCUUUGCUUGAAAGUUGAAAUGCUCAUUGGUCGCACGUUUGAAGACAAGAAUUACCCCAUUGAAGCAGAUGGAACAAUUGUUGGUCAAGUGCGACUUCAACUUGCCUUAUUCAAUGAUGAAAUCAUGGAUGAAGACGAAGUGCGUGACUGUGACGUGGAUGGCUGUUCAUGUACUUUGAUCCAGCCAGUUCGUGCGACAAAAGUUGGUGAUGUACUGAUUGAUGGUAUUUCACCGGAAGGUGUGCAAUACCUUGAAGCUGGUACCGCGGUGCAUACCGGUUGCGAACUGGCAGGUAAUUAUGUCGUGGACAAAGAUGUAUACGAAGGUGAUGGGUGGCACGACGAAAUUAACUCGCAACGACUGGACAAAAUUAACUCGCAACGACUGGACGAAAUGGACAGUGACGAGUGGGAAGGCGACGAAUUGUAG